AUCCAGCUGCUUGGCCUUCUCAGAGUUAAAAUGAACUCGACUGGACUCCUAGAGAGGAAAAUGGUUUGGGGGGAGCUGCGUCCUCCAGAACAACCGCGCCUCUCCCCUCUUCUUCUCCCCCUCCUCACGUGGAGGACAAGAGCUUCUCUCUUCCUCCAAGCGCUGCAUCGGGGUGCCCGUCUGGCAAGUGAAGGAGCCCAGUCCGGCUUCAGUAGUGCCUCCAGGUAGGUCAACCUUUGGGAGAAGAGGGAGGAGGAGUCUCUCCGGUCUUGUUGGAAGCUUCUUUGGAGCACAGAAGAUGGAAGAGGAAGACUCAGCUGGCCCUGAAGCAAGAAGAGACCCCAAUACCAUCAAGCCUGGGAGCCCUGGGGAAUUCUGGGAAACCGCUAUGCCAAAGUUCUUGGCAGAGGACACCCUCAACCAGCAUUUCGGGCAGAUCCACUACCAGGAGGCCAAGGGCCCCCAAGACAUUUGCGACCAACUCCACGAUCUCUGCUGUCAGUGGCUGAAGUCAGAGCCACACGCAAAGAAUCAGAUCCUGGACCUGGUGAUUCUGAAGAAGUUCCUGACUGUCCUUCCACCGGAGAUAGAGAGCUGGGUCAAGAAGUGUGGAGCACAGACCAGUUCUCAGGCAGUGGCCCUGGCCAAAGGUUUCCUCCUGAGUCAGGCUGAGGGCAAGAAGCAGGCAGAGCAGCAGGUAAAGAGUCUUUUUGCAGAAGCGUCCACUGAUUUCUUGGAGACACAGAGGAUGCUGCCGGACACCCAGCAGAGACCACUGGCAGGCGACGGAAUGAUGCUGGCAAGGUCGACUUGGCCGUCUGCUCUUUGCGGUGGACUGCAAACAGCUGUCGUAGAACCAGGUCAGGGUCUGGUGACCUUUGAGGAUGUGGCUGUGUAUUUCACGGAGGAAGAGUGGGCCCUGCUGGAUCCUGACCAGAGAGCUCUGCAUAGGGAAGUCAUGGAGGAGAAUUGGGGGAUCCUGGCCUCUCUUGCAAACAAUGAAACCAGUGUAAAGCAGGAAGGAGGGGAGAAACCAUAUAAAUGCUUGGAUUGCGGAAAAAACUUCACUAGAAGCCUUGGCCUCCGUCGUCACGAAAGAAUUCACACAGGGGAGAAACCAUAUAAAUGCUUAGAAUGUGGAAAAAGCUUCAGUGAGAAUACAAAUCUCAUUUUCCAUCAAAGAAUUCACACAGGAGAGAAACCAUAUCAGUGCUUAGAGUGCGGAAAUAACUUUGCUAGAAGCACAAGCCUCCGUCGUCAUCAAAGAAUUCACACAGGGGAGAAGCCGUAUAAAUGCUUGGAGUGUGGAAAGAACUUCACUAGAAGCACAGACCUCCAUCUUCAUCAAAGAAUUCACACAGGGGAGAAACCAUAUCAAUGCUUGGAAUGUGGAAAGAGCUUUCGUUACGGUACUGACCUUGUUACCCAUAAAAGGAUCCAUACAGGGGAGAAACCAUAUAAAUGCUUGCAGUGUGAAAAGAGCUUCACACAUAAAACAAGUCUGUUUUCUCAUCGAAGAAUUCACACAGGGGAGAAACCAUUUCAAUGCUUGGAAUGUGGGAAGUGCUUCUCUCAGAAGAUACAUUUGGUUACUCAUCAGAGAAUUCACAUGGGAGAGAAAACCAUUUAUUUUCUGCAGAUUGCAUUACACAGUAACUGUGGGUGGAUGUCGAAGAAUCCUCCAGUCUCUGAUCUGGGCCACCUUUGCCCUGAGACAGAAACUGUCUCAAACAGGAAGAAGGACAAGCAGGGGGCUCCCUUUGAGCACAGAUCGAAGAUGGAAGAGCAAGACUCAGCUGGCCCUGAAAGAAUAAGAUGCCCUGAAGUCACUGAGAUUGGGAGCAGCAGGGAAUUCUGGGGAAGAACCAUGCAGAAGAUCCGGAGUGAGGAGGACACUCUGAGCUCAGAAGGACACCAACAAUGUUUUGGCCAUAUCGCCCAGGCUGGGAGCAGUGGGGAAUUCUGGAGGGAAACAGUGCUGGAGAUCCCAGAUCAGGAGACCUUUGGCUCAGGUGCACAGAGCCAGCGUUUCAGGAAUUUCCGCUACCCGGAGGCUGAGAGGCCCCGAGAGGUUUGCAGCCGACUCCAUCAUCUUUGCCAUCGGUGGCUGAAGCCAGAGCAACACACAAAGAAACAGAUCUUGGACCUGGUGAUCCUGGAGCAGUUCCUGGCUGUCCUCCCACUGGAGAUGGCGAGCUGGGUGAGGGAAUGUGAGGCAGAGACCAGUUCCCAGGCAGUGGCCCUGGCCGAAGGUUUCCUCCUGAGCCAGGCAGAGGAAAAGAAGCAGGCAGAGCAGCAGGUAAAGCAUCUUUCUGGAGAAGCGGCCAGUGAUUUCUUUGAGGCAGAGAGGAUGCCUUCGGACACCGAAGAGAGACCAUUGGCAGGCAACAGAAUGAUGCCAGCAAAACCUAGUCAGCCGUCUUCUCUUUGUGGAAGGGAAGUAACUGUUGUAGCACUGGAUCAGGGUCCCGUAUCCUUUGAGGAUGUGGCUGUGUAUUUCACGGAGGAAGAGUGGGCUCUGCUGGAUUCUGACCAGAGAGCUCUGCGCAAGGAAGUCAUGGAGGAGAAUUGGGGGAUCCUGGCCUCUCUCGGCUCUCAUCAGUUUCCUGCCUUCGUGGUGGAAGGUGACAAAUGGCAAACCAAAAAUUACAGAGAAGUAUUGUUGCCAGAAAGGGAAAUCCAUAAAAAGAGGAAACAGCAGAGAAGGACAACUGAAGCAGAUCAGAGGAGCAGGAAUAAAUCCUCUUCUUCUCAAGGCAGUAACUACCAUGAAACGGCCAUGCAAAAACGGGAUGGAAGAAAGGAAACAUGUCAAUACCAUAUGGAUUGGAAAACUUUCACUGCGCACUGCAAAAUCAGCACAGGUGUGAAAACAUCCAACUGCUUAGAAUACAGAAAGAGCUUCAGUGAGAGCACAUAUGUCAUGUUCCAUCAAAUAUUUCACACAGGGGAUAAACCAUAUAAAUGCAUGGAGUGCGGAAGGAACUUCACUAGAAGCAUAAGCCUCCAUCGUCAUCAGAGAAUUCACACAGGGGAGAAACCGUAUCAAUGUUUAGAAUGUGGAAAGAGCUUCAGUGAGAAAACAGAUCUCAUUUUCCAUCAAAGAAUCCACACAGGGGAGAAACCGUAUCAAUGUUUGGAGUGUGGAAAUAAGUUCACUAGAAGCACAAGCCUCCGUCGUCAUCAAAGAAUCCACACAGGGGAGAAGCCAUAUAAAUGCCUGGAGUGCGGAAAGAACUUCUCUAGAAGCACAGACCUCCACCUUCAUCAAAGAAUCCACACAGGGGAGAAACCAUAUCAAUGCUUGGAAUGUGGAAAGAGCUUUCGUUACAGUUCUGACCAUAUUACCCAUAAAAGGAUCCAUACAGGAGAAAAACUGUAUAAAUGCUCGGCAUGUGGAAAGAGCUUCACAAAGAAGUGCAACCUCUCUUACCAUGAAAGAAUUCAUACAAGGGAGAAACCGUAUCAAUGCUUGGAGUGUGGAAAGAGCUUCACGCAUAAGUCAGGUUUCACUUCUCAUCAAAGAAUUCACACAGGGGAGAAACCCUAUCAAUGCAUGGAAUGUGGGAAACGCUUCUCUCAAAAGACACAUCUUGCCACUCACCAAAGGAUUCACAGGAGAGAGAAAACCAUAUAAAUGGAAUAUGAAAAGACUUUCUGUUUCAAGAAAAGACUUAAUUUCAUGUAAAAAGAAUUCACACUUGGGAAAACCUAUUCGAUGCUUGGAGUGUGGAGAGAGCUUCAGUAAUAACAUACUUCUCACUUCUGAUCAAAGGAUUCACACGGGAGGGACUAUAAAAGUGGGUGGGAUACGGAAUAAGAUUCUGUCACAGUAUAACUCCUAUUUCAGAUUGGAGAACCCACCUACGAGAGUCACUGUAUCAGUCUGCCUUCCCCAAACUGGUGCCCUCCAGAUAAUUUCAGACUACAAGUCUUUUUCCUCCCUUGAUAGGCUUAUGGAAUUUGUAGUCUGUAACAUCUUGGCAGUACCCAGGCAGGAAGGCCGUUAUAAAUGAGUGCCACUGAAGGAGCCAUGUUAGUGUUAUGUUCUAAGGGGGGAAAAACAUAGUAUUGCAUCCAAUGCUAGUCCUGUUCUGAGGAGACCCAUUGCAGUUAAUGGACAUGACUAACUUAGGUUCAUUAAUUUCAAUGAGUCUUCUCUGAGUAGAACUGGGUUGAAUAAAACCCUUAAAAAUGUUCCUUCCCUUACAUUAACCAAUACUUUGUAAGAAAUACUGAGCUCCAGGUGCCACAGGGCUUCUGCCACAGAGCUACCCCUGCCUUCCCUGGCCUUGUUCACUUGAGCAGAAAGUGAUGCUUCAGACCACUAAGCCUCCGUCCUCAGUAGGCAGCAGCCAUCUUAGAUUCCCCAGUCAAUUUACAGUGGCUGCAGUCUGGUAAGAAUGGGAUCCAAGUGGCUCCCGUACAGAAGGGCUGCCUGCCCUGAUGAAUAUGGCCUGAGGGGAAUGGAAAGGGGGAGAAGGGGAGCAGGAAAGGAGGUAAAAUUGAACUACAGAGUGAGAAAACAAUAAAGAUCUCCCCGCCCCUCCUCAGAAAUGUAAAUUUCCUGUGAUAUGUCUGCUGGUUUCAGAAAUGAAUUCAGAUUUCAGGACAGACAAAGUACUUCUUCACACAGCGCAUAAUUAAACGAUGGAAUUUGCUACCACAAGAGGCCAGGAUGGCCACCAACUUGGACGGCUUUAAAAGAGACAAAUUCAUGGAGAAAAAGGCUAUCAGAGGCUACUUGCCGUGAUGGCUAUGCUCUGCCUUCACAGUCAGAGGCAGUAUGUUUCCGAAUACCAUUUGCCGGAAGCUGUGGGAGGAGAGAGUGAGCUUCCACUCGGGUCUUAAUUUUUUUUAUCUGUUGUUGUUAUGUGCCUCCAAGUCGACUACGACUUAUGGCGACCCUAUGAAUCAGUGACCUCCAAGAGCAUCUGUCAUGAACCACCCUGUUCAGAUCUUGUAAGUUCAGGUCUGUGGCUUCCUUUAUGGAAUCAAUUCAUCUCUUGUCUGGCCUUCCUCUUUUUCUACUCCCUUCUGUUUUUCCAAGCAUUAUUGUCUUUUCUAAUGAAUCAUGUCUUCUCAUUAUGUGGCAAAGUAUGAUAACCUCAGUUUCAUCAUUUUCGCUUCUAGUGACAGUUCUGGUUUAAUUUGUUCUGACACCCAAUUAUUUGUCUUUUUUGCAGUCCAUGGUAUGCACAAAGCUCUCCUCCAACACCACCUUUCAAAUGAGUUGAUUUUUCUCUUAUCUCUGUUGUUUUUAAAAUGUUUUAAUUACUUGUUUUUAA